AUGGCUACCACCACCAGCACAACCCAAACUCUUCCCAACAACACAAACACCAAUCUUUCCUUCUCCAACUAUCUCCAUUCUCUGUCCCAAACACCCCACAGGCUCAGAAAGAGAAUGCUUGCCACCUGGACCCCAGACCAGGAGCUUAACCAAGUGAGGCAAAGGUCAGGGGCUGACAUGAAGAGAAAACUCAAGUGGUAUGAUCUCAUGGCUCUUGGUGUUGGAGGCAUGCUUGGUGUUGGAGUCUUUGUCACAACAGGUUCUGUAGCCCACAAAACAGCUGGCCCUUCUGUCUUCAUAUCCUAUAUCAUAGCAGGAAUAUCAGCCCUUCUUUCUUCCUUGUGUUACACUGAAUUUUCUGUUCAAAUUCCAGUCGCCGGUGGUGCUUUUAGUUAUCUCCGAGUGACUUUUGGAGAAUUUGUAGGUUAUUUUGCUGGGGCAAAUAUACUCAUGGAGUAUGUACUGUCAAAUGCUGCUGUGGCAAGGAGUUUUACUGAGUAUUUAUCAUCUGCAUUUGGACAAGAUGAUCCAAAGAUAUGGAGAGUAGAAGUGGAUGGGUUAAUAAAGGGCUAUAAUAUGUUGGACUUCCCAGCUGUUGCUCUUAUUCUUCUUCUCACUUUCUGCCUUUGCCAUAGUACAAAGGAAAGCUCCACACUGAACCUUAUUAUGACAGUGUUUCAUGUGGUGUUCUUUGGAUUUAUUAUAAUUGCUGGUUUCUGCAUUGGGAGUACCAACAACUUGGUGAAGCCUAAGGGACUUGCUCCUUUUGGUGUUAGAGGUGUUCUUGAUGGGGCUGCUAUAGUUUACUUCAGUUACAUAGGUUAUGAUUCGGCUUCAACCAUGGCCGAAGAGAUCCAGAACCCUUCGCAGAGCCUGCCUGUCGGCAUCAUUGGUUCCGUUGUCAUUACCUCCUUGCUUUACUGCCUUAUGGCCUUGUCCUUGUGUUUCAUGGUUCCUUACAACAAGAUAGCAGAAAAAGUAUCAUUUUCAGUGGCUUUCAGACAGAUUGGUUGGGACUGGGCAAGUAACGUGGUUGGGGCUGGUGCAAGCUUGGGGAUUGUUGCUUCACUAUUGGUUGCCAUGUUAGGCCAAGCCAGGUACCUUUGUGUAAUAGGAAGGGCGCGGCUAGUGCCAUCCUGGUUAGCCAAGGUGCAUCCUGCAACAGGCACUCCACUGAAUGCUACACUCUUCCUGGGACUCUGCACAGCAUCAAUUGCACUCUUCACUGACCUCGAAAUAGUGAUUGAAAUGAUCUCCAUUGGCACCCUCUUGGUGUUCUACCUUGUGGCCAAUGCUCUCAUUUAUCGUCGAUAUGUGAUCAUCACCAACAACCCUCCAUUUCAAACUCUCUUGUUCCUCUUCCUCCUUUCAUCUAGUGCCAUCGGCUUUUCCAUGUCCUGGAAGCUUAACCAACAACGCUGGGGGUUACCGCUUUUCGGAAUGUCAACAGUUACAAUCAUUGCCUUCUUCAAGUACAUGGUACCUUGUGUCUGCAAUCCCACUGGGUGGUCGAUGCCAUUCAUGCCAUGGCCGGCUGCACUAUCUAUCUUCCUUAAUGUGUUCCUCAUGACCACACUAAAGAAGUUCUCGUUCGAAAGGUUUGCCAUAUGGGCAUGUUUCAUAACAUUGUUCUAUCUACUGUAUGGUGUUCACUCGACUUAUAAGGCAGAGGAGAGGGAGGGUACUGGUAUUGAUGAAGUGAAUCCAAGAACAGCAGUGCAACAAAUAAAGCUAGAAAUUCAAGUACUUUGA